AUGUCAUAUACUCUGGGAAUCAAGAGCAAGUUUCUUGACAAGCUUCGACGACUUCUCACCGUGAAUCCUGAUGCGAAUUCUGGCAUUCCAUUAACUGGAACUUAUCGUUUACCGUCUCCUGGUUCCCAGCCACCAACAUACAAACAUGCAAAGACGAAGCAUUCAGAUGUAGCGCAAAACUAUUAUUACACUCGCGAUACCAGGCGGAAUUAUCCUCAAACGGAAUUCUAUACUCAAAAUGACAUUGCCGGUUUGAUUGCGGCAACAAAUCUUAAAAGCAUUGCGAGCGGUAAAGAGGGUGAAUCAACACAGAUAGCCAAACUGCCAGAGAAGCUGUCAAUAACGGAAAUCAUAGCCUCAUCGCCAGAGGCCUUCUAUUCUGAAAACAAACUGCCACCUGUUCCAGGUAAAUCCAGGCACGAUUGGAAACAGUCCCCAGAACAAGAGAAAGCAGAUCCAGGUUCAGAGUCGGAGUCGGAGUCGGACGAUUCGCUGACUAGUGAUGAGGAGCUUUCGGAAGACUUAUCCGAAGAAGAAUCCGAAGAUGAAACCGAAAGACAACCCGCAACGACCGGAGCAAAAGGCCGAUUCUUACGCAACACUGCGGUAUCCGAUUCGGAUGAUUCAGCGGAUGAAGUAAAAAGGGUCGUAAAAUCGGCAAAGGACAAGAAAUUGGAGGAGAUCGAGACAUCCGUGCGUUCAAUUGAAAACGCGAUGAAGAUUAAUGACUGGGUUGUUAUCUCCACUGAAUUUGAUAAAUUGAAUAAAAUUUUGGCGAAAGGCCCUGUUAGCCCAAAAGGCCCGCCACGUCUUUAUAUAAAGACAAUUGCUGAACUUGAAGAUUUCCUGAACGAAUCAUUGCAAAAAGAAAAGGAUGCCAAAGAGAAAGAUGCCAAAAAGAAAAUGAACGCCAUUCAAGCCAAGGCCAUGGUUACCAUGAAACAAAGAAUUCGGAAGAAUAAUAGGUUAUACGAGGAUCAGAUUGCUAAAUGGAGAGAAGUAUACUUAAUAGAAGACACUCCGGAAAGCUUGUUUCGGCGAUUGAGAGAAGUGUUGGAGGCUAGGGGCAAAAAGAACACAGAUAGGCUUGAGCAAAUCAAGACACUUCAGAAACUCUUGGAAUUUGCUAAUACGCCGUAUCAAUCUAUCCGCGUUCUGCUCGUUUUAAUUCCUUGUCAAUUUGAUUACAACCCUAGUAUGACCGGUUAUACAUCUAUUGAAAUGUGGAAAAGUACCUUGAAGCAGAUAAAUCAGUUAUUAGCGAUUUUGGAAAAUAAUCCACAGUUUGUAAUACAUGAAGAUGUUGAUGAAGAAGAAGCUGACAAGGAACCAGUGCUUGAACCUGGCAAGACGUACGGAAUCCGUGGAUCUAUUGUCUCAUACAUUGAUCGUCUGGAUGAUGAAUUUACAAAAUCGCUACAGAAUAUUGACCCGCAUACAACGGAUUAUGUUGACCGAUUGAAGGAUGAGACUGAAUUGUAUUCUACGAUAGUGCGCGGACAGAUAUACUUUGAACAGCAUGGAUUGGAUGAUGGUACCAGUCGAGUUGUGAUGCGAAGAUUAGAACAUUUGUAUUAUAAGCCUGAUCAAGUAAUUCAAACUGUUGAAAGUUUGGUCGCAGAAGGUCUCCCUAACGAGUUAAGGUCGGAAAUUACUCCACCCUCAGUCACAAAUGAUUCGACUGACUUGAUACACGCACUCUGUGUAUAUCUAUAUAAGAAAGGCGAGUCUCUUCUACGCACGCGGGCUAUGCUGUGUCACAUAUACCAUCAUGCUCUUCAUAAUAGGUUCUAUACUGCACGUGAUAUGUUAUUGAUGUCACAUUUGCAAGAGACCAUCCAUCAAGCAGAUGUUGCAACCCAGACUCUACACAAUAGGACUAUGGUACAGGUCGGAUUAUGUGCAUUUCGUGAAGGAAUGAUUAAAGAGGCGCAGAGCUGUCUUCAGGAUAUUUGUGGAACUGGAAGGACAAAGGAACUACUAGCACAGGGCUUGCAAAUACAAAAAUACUCUCAACUUUCUCCCGAACAAGAAAAGUUGGAUAGACAGCGUCAACUACCAUUCCAUAUGCACAUCAAUCUAGAAUUACUAGAAUGUGCCUACUUAACGUGUUCUAUGCUAUUGGAGAUACCCAGUAUGGCUGCUGCGGGUUCUAAUCCGGAAGCAAAGAAGAAAAUAAUAAGUAAACCGUUCCGAAGAUUAUUAGACUACAAUGAGAGACAAGUUUUUAGUGGACCGCCCGAGAAUACAAGAGAUCAUAUAAUGGGAGCUGCCAAAGCACUUGCUGCAGGUGAAUGGCAGAAAUGCCAGGAACUUAUCUGUGCAAUAAAGAUAUGGGAUUUAAUGCCGGGAACAUCCAAAAUUAAGGAAAUGCUCUGUCGAAAAAUACAAGAAGAAGGCCUCCGUACAUAUCUCUUUACGUAUUCAGCCUAUUACUCUACUAUUGGGCUGGACCAGUUGGCAACUAUGUUUUCUCUACCGGGGAAUACGGUGACUUCAAUCGUAUCAAAAAUGAUCUGGAACGAGGAACUGGCUGCAUCAUUGAAUCAAGUAAACAAUGUCGUUGUGCUACAUCGAGUUGAACCUACCAAAGUUCAACAGCUAGCGCUGAUGUUUGCUGAAAAAGCGGUUGCAUUUGUUGAAGCUAAUGAGCGAGCUCUUGAACAAAAAGUGCAAAGUGGACUAGUUAAUCGUGAUCAGCGGCCCAAAGGUCAAUCCAACCAAACUCGUCAAAAUUCAGAAAAACAUACCGCAUAUCAAAAGGGUAGUGGACAACAACAACGAACUCGAAACAAUUUCAACAAUGUCUUGGGCAAUAGCGUGCGUGGUCGAGCACAGCAGAGUCGAUAUCGGGCAUAG